AUGGGCACGAGCCGCUACGAGACGGAGGCGUCGCUGCGCGCGGCCAUCUUCGGCGAGAUCCUGCUGUGCCGCGACCGCCUCACGCACGAGCGCGUGGUCGUCAAGACCGUGGACCUGCAGCUGGCGCUCCAGCACAAGUCGCGCUCGCAGGAGCUCGUGCAGGAGAACGUGCUGCACGAGGUGGAGGUGCUGGACCGCGUGCGCGCGCUGGGCGGGCACCCGAACGUCAUCAACAUGCACAGCUACUUCGUGGCCAGGGGCGGCGGCGUGCUGCACAUGGUGCUCGACUACUGCGAGGGCGGCGACCUGCUGGACGCGUGCGUGCAGCCCGUCACGGCGGACGAGGACAAGAGCGGCAGUAGCGUUGGCAGUGACAGCGACGGCCAGGGCAAUCAAAAAGAAGACGCAGUAGCGGCCGCGACACUAGCAACUCUAGAGGAGCCGAUCCCGGAGGACAGCGGCGGCCCAUUCCUCAACGGCGUGGAUGGGUCCAAGCGCCUGCACGAGAGCGUGGCGCACCGGUACCUGGUGGACGUGCUGUCGGGCCUGCGCUUCCUGCACAGCCACGGCAUCGCGCACCGAGACGUGAGCCUCGAGAACAUUCUGCUGCGUGACGGGCGCGCGGUGAUCGCGGACUUUGGCCUGUGCGUGCAGGACCCGUCGGCGGUGGGCGGCAGUCCAGCUGGCAGUCCGACGAGCGGCGGCGACGGCAACGGAAGCAGCAGUGGUGGUGGUGGCUUCCGCUGUGACGAGACGGUGGGCAAGAACUACUACAUGGCGCCGGAGAUCGUGGCGCGCGAGCACUACGACCCGCGGCGGGCCGACAUCUGGUCGGCGGGCAUCGCCUUCUUCAUCCUGCUGACGUCGUCGCCGCCGUUCGAGCGCGCGGAGCCGUCGGACCCGGGCUUCCGGUACGUGGCCAAGCGCGGUAUCAAGGCGGUGUUCACGGCGUGGGGGCUGGGCCAGGAGGUGUCGGAGCCUAUGCAGGACCUGCUGGCGCGCAUGCUGAGCGUGGACCCGACAGAGCGCAUCACGAUGGAGGAGAUCUGGCAGCACCCGGUGCUGCAUCGGCCCCGGGACGGCGCGGCGUCCGCGUUGGCCUGCAACCAAGCGAGCUAAGCGGGCGGGCAGGCGAGGUGGCGUGGGUCGUCGUGUAUUGUACUGUAGAUGUAUCGAGCUGGCAACGCGCGCGUGCGUACAUGCAUGCAUGCAUGGAUGGAGUCUGUCUACAGCAGUGGCAGGGCACGGAGCUGCUGCUGCUGCAGUGCAGGACGGAUGCAAUGCAGAGUCGUCGGCCGAGUCGUAUAAGGCAGAAUUAGCUAUUAGUGGACUAGGGAUUGUGCGAAUAAUGGAGUAUUUUAACUGGCACCUCAAUGUCAACC